GAACGGCGGGCGGAACGCUUCGCCCGCUCACUUUUACGGCCUCUCUGGCCCCCUUCCCUGUUACCUAUUUCUUUUAUUUUCAUUUCGUUAUUAUUUCGUACUGAACAAAGUUUUACCCAGUUGUUGUUGAUUGAGAAUAAUCAAGGGGGAAAGUACGGUGGAGACAGUGGAGUAGUCGAGAGGAAGCGGAAAACAGAAUCGAGAAAACUGAGAAACAAAUGCUGUAAAGAUGCCGUCCCUGCUGGAGGCCCUCGAGCUAAAAUACGGUAGCACAACAGCAGAUUGCCCGGAGUGUUCCCUGACCGACGAGGAAACCGAGUUGUCUGGCUCGCCAAAAACAGCCCUGUCCGUCAGUAUAUUCAUCCCAAAAAAAUCACCACGUCACACAGUGCCGGCUCUCCUCGUCCUCCAGGACUGUGACAUUGAGUGUGCAGGUAACGACGCGGAAAAACUCAAGAGCAAAUGCAAAAAUGUCGAGGAACUGGACCUUGCCCAGAACAAAUUGUCCCAGUGGGACGAGGUAUUCGGAAUUCUCGAGCACAUGCCCAAGAUUAAAUUCGUUAACCUGAGCUUCAAUAGCCUGGCAGAGGAGCUUGAGGUGAAGCGCGGGAGGUUCGAGUCCCUGAGGAAUCUCGUUCUGAACGGCACCCGAGUGCCUUGGACAACAGUGCAGGACCUCGUGAGACUGCUAACCAACCUCGAAGAACUCCAUUUGUCCCUGAACGAAUUUAAAACCGUGGAUCUUGAUCACAAAAACCCGGAGAACGUCAACAGAUCCCUCAAGAAGCUCCACUUCACGGGGAAUCCCAUAGAGUCCUGGUGUGAAAUAUCAAAGCUUGGAUACGCAUUUCCAAGCCUCGAGAGUCUAGUCCUCGCCGAGUGUCCAAUCAGAUCACUAGCCCUCGAGGAGAACAGAAACUACGACGAGACGAGUUUGUGCCAAAGUAAGAGCUCCAGCGAGCGGGCGGACGACGAGAAUGAGAAUGUGGAGAGACAUGUCAAGGAGUCGGAGAACGGGGUAGAGAGGAUAUUCGGGGAUGACAAGAGUUACAACAGAUCGGAGAGCGAGUGUGAGAGCAGUGGAAACAAGGUGGGGACCACCCACGAUCCCUUCAGGAUGCUUAGAUUUUUGAAUGUCAAUGGGACUCUGCUGUCCACUUGGGACGACGUGGAGAGGCUCGCGAGGUUCCCCGCUAUGAAGGCCCUCAGAAUGCAGGGCUGCCCCCUGUUCGAGAGCCCACGUGAGUACACUGAGCACGAGAGACGACAAUUACUCAUUGCCAGGCUUCCUAACGUGGAGACUCUCAACGGCGGGGGGGUCAUUUCCUCGCAGGAGCGCGAGGACGCUGAGAGGGCAUUCAUUAGGUACUAUAUGGAUAAGCCGGAAGCUGAUAGACCGGAAAGAUACGCCGAGCUAGUCAGCAUCCAUGGAAAACUGGAUCCCCUCGUCCAUGUUGACUUAACACCCGAGAAACGAGUGAAGGUGAAGUUUACUUAUGGAGAUCUCGUCGAGGUACGGUGUGUCGACGUUUAUAGAACAGUAUUCGAGCUGAAGACGAAACUGGAGUCGAUGGUGAAAAUUCCUGCCAAUAGAAUGAGACUUUUCUACGUAGACCAGGUGAUGAAGGCACAAUAUGGCCCAGAGGAGAUGCUGUACCCCAACAAGCAACUGUACAGAUACAACAUAAGAAAUGGCGAUGAAAUAAUAAUCGACAGCAAGUUGAAUCGCUUCGCAUCGACGUCCAGCACCUCCUCAGUUCGGUCCUAAAUGAACUGGACGAAAAAAAAAUAGAAAGCUGAGAGCUAACGACUGCCGUUCACGCGAGGAACGAGCACCUAAUUCGUUGACUUCUCUUUUCUCCCUUCGCAAUCACUCUCUUCAAUACCGAGGAUAGAACAUUGAAUGUCUUCGAGGGUGUCACGAAGGAAGUGAUUUCAUUCUCUGUAAGAUAGAAUUAUUGGAAAAACUGAAACAGCGAUAGGAGAAAUGAAUCCGUGACUUGAGUCUGGCUUCUGACAUUCACCAACUUGUACUCUUACUAUUUGUUGUAACCCAACAUUGCCCAGAACUGGCACAAACUUUUUUGCAUCUCAAGUAGCAUGGAAAGUCGUGACUAACGACGCGAUUCCUCGAGUUGAAAACUUUGGGGAAUAUUUUUGUUGGGAUGCAUGUAGAGCGAGCUGGGACAGAGCGUUUUGUCGAUUUAGUGAUUACAAAAAUUGAAUAUUUUUGUAGAAUGAUGAUGAAACCAUUUAUAGGAGAAAAUGGGAGUUCGAGGGGUGAAUUUACUGGUUAUAAUAUAUUUCAAUUGGAGGGAUGAUUGAGAUGAAUUGUGUUGAAUGAAUUUGUCGUCAGGGAGUGGUUUUUUAAAAUUGAAAAUACUCUGAGGAUGGUCAGGUGAUCGUGCAGUGGCUGUUGCAAAUUUAUCCAACAAAUUCAUUAAUCGUCGACAACGAACAUUUGUCAAAUGGAUGGAAUACUUACCAAUUGACAUGUUGCUAGUGUUCUAUCUCAUCCGAAGAUGUUGAUUCUUGUGUUUUAAAACAAAUCGCUUCCUAGAGUCCCUGAACUACCUACUGCCAACUGUAACCGCAGGAAUUACAAUAAUUCCAAAUAAUUGGAAAACGGUUUCACAAAUAAAAUGUGGAUUAAUGGGACCAAGGGAUGCGAUUAUCUUCAAAUCAGAAAUAAUUAAUUUGAAACAAGAAAUUGUUCAGAUGAAAUAAAAAACCGAAUAAUAAAAAUGACAAUUCAAAUGAUGAAUUAACUAUUUGUAGUGCAUUUCAAGUGAAUUGAUGAUUGAUACGAAUUGUGUUGAAUGAAUUUGUCGUCAGAAAGUCUUUUUUUGAUUGAUAAUAUCAUCUGCUGCAAAUUUAUCCAACAAAUUCAUUAAUCGUCGACAACGAAAAUUUGUCAAAAGAAUUAAGAAUUCGACAAUUAACGUGUUCUCAGUGUUUUAUCUCGUCCGGAGCUAUUGAUUCUUGUGUUCUAAAACAAAUCGGUUCCUAGAGUCCCUGAACUACCUACUGCCAGCUGUAACUGCAGGAAUUACAAUAAUUCCAAAUAAUUGGAAAAUCUCACAAUCAAAAUAUUAGUCAAUGGGACCAAGGAAUGCGAUUGAUUCUCUUCAAACCCAUAACGAAAAGAAAAUCGAAGAGUGACUUUAGUGCCUGUCUGAUAACAUAACUCGGACGCGUUUAACACUGCCCUGUAAAAAUGUGUACCUACCGUUGCAAAUGUACGGUGUAAUACAAUGACCGUUUCCACUGUAAUUUAAUUAAUACGAUAAAAGAAAGAAAAUAUGUUGAGUGAGAGGAAGUAACGCCUGGGCAGGUGAGGUUGCGCCUCGGCGAAGACGUAAAAGCCUCGCUGUCACGUCUAGUCUUGGAAUUUAACAUGCAAAAAGGGACAAAAAAUUCACCUUCAUUUCUUUAUCAUUACCCAUGACUCGAGUGAUGCAACAUGAAUUGUUGUCCCUUUUUUUGUGCUGGCGCAAAUGUACGUACCAACUCGUAAUAAAAAUAUUCAUAAUAAAUACGUAAACUUAA